AUGGGGCAAAAUGGCGGCGCCGAUUUUGGCGCGCUUUUGUCCGGCGCCGGUCGACAAAUUUUGAACCAAGGAGGUCAAGCAUUGUUGAAUUAUGGCGCCCAAGCACUUGGGAACAUAAUUAAUGAGGUUUUCCAAAAGAAAGAAGCCGAACACAAGAGAGUAUUGCCUAGUAUCAAAAAUUAUAAAGUGCUCGGUGAAACCCGUCCAUCAUCAUUCGGACCAGCUACAUACCAGGAUUUCAAAGAAAUCAGGUCUCGUUGUCUCUCUGAAGGCCGUCUUUUCGAAGACCCGGAGUUUCCUGCCACUGAUCGCAGUUUAUACUACAAGGAACGGCUGGAUAGACCUUUGACAUGGCUGAGACCUUCGGAAAUCUGCGAGGAUCCGCAGCUAUUCGUGGAGGGCUACAGUCGCUUCGACGUACAGCAAGGCGAGCUAGGUGACUGUUGGUUGCUCGCUGCCGUCGCAAAUUUGACGCUCCAUAGAAAACUGUUCUUCCAAGUGGUGCCUGAUGAUCAAAGCUUUGAUGAAGAAUACGCUGGAGUGUUUCACUUCAGGUUCUGGCAGUAUGGCCGCUGGGUAGACGUUGUAGUCGAUGACCGUCUACCCACGUAUCGCGGUAAAUUAGUCUUCCUUCACUCAUCAGAGAGAAAUGAAUUUUGGAGUGCCUUAUUGGAGAAAGCAUAUGCUAAACUACACGGUUCCUAUGAAGCCUUAAAGGGAGGUUCUACGUGUGAAGCAAUGGAAGAUUUCACUGGUGGUGUUACAGAGAUGUAUGAAAUGACUGAACUACCACCAAACUUCUAUACUAUACUACUGAAAGCCUACGAACGUAAUUCACUAAUGGGAUGCAGUAUUGAGCCUGACCCCAAUAUAUUAGAAGCUGAGACCCCAGUGGGUUUGAUUAGGGGUCACGCGUAUUCUGUGACUAGGGUCAAAUAUGUGGAUAUUGAGACCCCGGGGCGAGCUGGGAAAAUACCCCUACUGAGAUUAAGAAACCCUUGGGGCAAUGAGGCUGAAUGGAAUGGACCUUGGAGUGAUAAAUCACCAGAAUGGCGCUUCAUUCCACAAUCUGAGAAGGAAGAGUUGGGUUUGACGUUUGACGAUGAUGGAGAAUUUUGGAUGUCUUUCAAAGACUUCACAAGCAACUUUGAUAGAGUUGAAAUCUGUAACUUGAAUCCCGACUCACUCGAUCCUGAAGAAUGUCCCGAGGGAUGCACUAAGAAGUGGGAAAUGUCUGUGUUUGAAGGGGAGUGGGUUAGAGGUGUAACCGCUGGUGGCUGCAGAAAUUACUUGGAAUCGUUUUGGAAGAAUCCUCAAUACACCGUUACAUUGACAGACCCUGAUGAAGAUGACGCUGAGAACAAAUGUACUAUAAUAGUGGCAUUGAUGCAGAAGAACCGUCGCUCUCAACGACACCAGGGACUCGAAUGUCUGACCAUAGGGUUCGCGGUGUACCGUCUGCCCGACUACGGACAUGUACCCAAGCCUUUAGAUGUGAACUUCUUUAAAUACAACGCGAGUGUGGGCAGGUCGCAGGCAUUCAUUAACCUGAGGGAGGUCAGCGCGAGAUUCAAGUUCGAGCCCGGUAGCUACGUCAUAGUGCCUUCAACCUUCGAACCUGACGAGGAGGGGGAGUUCCUGUUACGAGUGUUCUCUGAGAAAACUAAUAAUAUGACAGAGAACGACGAAGAAGUUGGCAUGGGAGAUGUGGAUGAUAGAGUGAAAGAAAUGGCUCCUAACCCCGAGCCCGCGGAUCCUGUAAGAGAAUUCUUCACGCGCCUUGCUGGCAGCGACGGGGAGGUUGACUGGCAGGAAUUAAAGGAGAUACUGGACUACGCUAUGAGAGAGGAAAUGGCAAUGCGACAUGGUGCUUACGACGGGGGCGGGCAAGCUAUACAAGCUUCACCGAAUGAACAAAGCUGUUUGGAACAGCUUCUCUGCGCUCUCUGCACGCCGAUAUGCAAGGAAAUAGGAAUAGACUUGCAGCAAAUGCAGACACAACCUGAACAAGUGCACCUCAACCAACCACAACCGACGCAAGAACUUAAAGGACAAGGAUUUUCUAAGGAAGUCUGUAGGAGUAUGGUUGCUAUGUUGGACAAAGAUAAUUCCGGUGGACUUGGUUUCGAAGAAUUCAAAUCUCUUUGGAUCGAUUUACGUAAUUGGAGGGCCGUGUUCCGUCUGUACGACGUAGAGGUUCGCGGCGCCAUCCCCGCUCACAGUCUGAGGGACGCGCUGCACUCCGCCGGGUACACCGUCAACGCGCACGUGCUGAACGUGCUCGCUCACAGAUACGGAUCAAGCGAUGGCUACAUACAAUUUGAUGAUUUCAUAAUGUGUUCAGUGCGACUCAAAACUAUGAUCGAUACUUUCCAAGGCAGAUCAUCGGGAGGGGAUUACGCUACAUUUUCUCUCGACGAAUGGUUGAAUCGCACAGUUUACUCCUAA